AGAACCCUAAAGUUCGAGGAUUUUUCUUUGUGGUCAUGAAAUAUUUUGGGGGAUUGUUUGGCGCUUAGAGCAAUGCAUCCAAUGCCGGCCGCGAUUGUGUCGCCUCUUCGCGUCUACGCGCACAAUCCGGAGGCGCCGGUGUGUUCUUCGUCAUCUGUGGUAGCGGCGGUGGUGAGCUAUGGAAAGAUUACGCACAAUGCAGGGCUUCUGCGAUUUGGAAUCCGAUGCAAGAGGAGGAGGGGAGUUCUUGUGGCCAUGGCCUCGGCGGCCGCGGCAGAGCCUUCUUCUCCGGAGGUAAUCACGACUCCCAAGGGAUUGCAAGUCCAGGAGACGCAGAACGAUGGUAAUGCUCGGGUUCGCUUGAAAGUAAGAGUUCCGGGGAAUCUCUGCAAGGAAAUUUACGAUGAAACCCUGCUGGAUUUUAGCAAGAAAGUGAAGGUGAAAGGUUUUCGUCCUGGAAAAGUUCCAGAGUGGGUUUUGCUCAGUCAAAUUGGGCAGAAGCGUGUCGAGUCGGAGGCGGUGAAGUUGAUCCUGGAGAAAACUCUCCCCGAAGCUAUGGCUUCCGUUGCUGGACGAGCACUGAAAGAUUCAGAAGAGAUUGUCACGAAAUUCGAUUCGCUGCUGGCAGCCUUCACGCCAACUUCUCCUCUAAGUUAUCAUGUUGCAGUGGAUGUUAUACCGGAUGUGGAGUGGACAUCAAAGGACGCUUACAAACAUAUGGUGCUAGAAGUUGAAGGUCGCGACGAUAUUGGUGUUCAAAAUGCUGCCGAUGCUGAGCUUGCAUCGCGACACAAGGAUUUGGGAUCCUUGAGAGUUGUAACUGGUAGAGGAUUGGAGAUGAACGAUGUCGUUAUUAUUGAUAUUUCGGCUGCUCGCAUAAACAGUGAUGGAACAAUUGGCGACAAGAUUCUAUCAUGCACACAGAAAGGAUUUAGUUUGGACACGGAGGAGAGCACUUCUUAUAUACCAGGGCUUGUUCAAAACAUGAUGGACCAGAAAGGUGGCGAAACUCGCACUUUUGAUCUUGUUUUUCCUCCAGACUGGAAUCAGGAGCACCUUCGUAACAUCAAAGCGCGAUUCACUGUGGAAUGCAAAGAAGUCUUCCUGAGGGUAGUACCUGAUCUAAAUGACGAAAUUGCGGAAAAGCUUGUUGAAGGAUGCAAGACAUUAGAGCAGGUGAAGCAAGCUUUGCUCAAAAAGCAUCAGCUCAUUGAGGAAAAUAACAGAAAGAAUGCAGCCAGGGGAGCAGUACUUGAAAAACUUUCCAAGAUAGCAAAGAUUCAAGUUCCAAAAUCCUUACUAGAGGAGCAGGGCCGACAAAUAUAUGCCGCCAAGCUUAUGGAGUUGCACAUCAAACAACGGUUUGACAAGAAGCAAAUGGAGCCGCUCACUAGCGAAGAAAUGGUGAACAACUUUAUUCGUGUCAAGCACGAUGAGAUAUCGGCUACAGUGAGGCAAUCCAUCGCCGUGGCAGAGGUUUUCAGGCUUGAAAAGCUUCAGUACACGAGGGAUGAGCUAGAAGCGGAGGUAAAGUCCGCUAUUGACGAGUUCAAGAUCUACAACCAAGAAUACGACGAAAAGAAAGUGAGAGAACAGGCGCAAGAGAUGCUUGAGGGUGCCAAAGUCUUGGAUUGGCUACUGGAGCAAGCGGACAUCAGAUACGUAACUACUAAGUAGAUAGUGAUUUGCUUCGUCCGGACAAACGUUUUGGCUUGUAAUCGCAGCUUUUUGGAGGGUUUCCAUUUUGCUUAA